AUGUGGUGCCUCAGUAGCCCAGGUCCGUGCGCUGUUCAAGUAGCUCGGCCAGCCGCCUUUGCGGCGUGCCGUGUCGUUGUCGGCUCAUCUGGUGCGACCUCUGCUGUCGCGGCGAGCUUCCGCACUACCUCAGCGGGCUCCGCCCUCCUCACAGCCUACCGCUGCAAGAGUUACCACUUCUUUGUGAACCUAGACGACCCUGACGCGACGCGGCGUCGCAUCGAGGAGGACCUGGACCGCCUCGCCAGCGACGAGAAGAAGGACACGACGGCCUACCUGCACAGCCUCCUGAAUCUGGCGCUGAGCCACUACCAGCGCGGCGACUUUAUCAGCGCGCGCGACAUGGCCGACUACACCCAUCAGAAGGCACUGGUGCACAAUUCCAAGUCCUCUUUGAUUUACUUCACGGCAACGACGUGUGCCCGUUGCGCCGAGGCACUGGCGAAAGAAUAUGAGGCACAUCUACAGCGAAAGGCUGAACAAAGCCAUGUAUCCGCCGCCCUGACGCCGGAGCCGUCAGUGGUGUUCAGUGCGAGGCGCGCCAUCAAGAAGCUGCGCACUGAUGCGGAGCGGUACCGCGCCAUCGCCCAUCGCGUGUACCACCGCCCUGACAUGGCGUUCAUGCGGGGCAGCGCCGACGGAGGUGGUGGGAGGUGGCGCUCGUCGGCACGGCACACCGAGGGCCGUGACACCCGCCACACGUGGGCGGACAACAGCAGCAACAACGGCGUUGAUGAGGAGUACAUGCCGCACAUGUACGGCCCUCGUUGGCAGGAUCGACGGAAGCGGCCGGAGCACGCGGAGAUGAAGCACUACUACAAGGAUCAGUGCGGGGCGUCGCCAUCGUCGCGUGGUGAGACGCGGUGGAACGUGCCCAAGUGA